AUGCCUGGGUCACCAUCCUCUUUCGUUGUUGGAGUUGGCAUGACGCCGUUUCUCUCCCCGAAAAAGUCAGCCAGCCUAGCAGCCAACCCUCAAUCAGACUAUCUUGAUCUCGCUGUUGAAGCUGGAGUCAAAGCCCUAUUAGACGCCGGCCUUACCUUUGAUAAGGUAGACCAAGGCAUAGGGUGCUACGUUUUUGGUGACUCAACAUGUGCCCAGCGCGUCUUCUAUAGCCUGGGCAUGACGGGUAUUCCCAUCCUCAAUGUCCACAACUAUUGCAGCUCUGGAAGCACUGGUCUUUGGCUAGCAAACCAGGCCAUUCGUUCUGGUGAUGCAGACUGUGUCAUGGUCGUUGGAUUCGACAAGAUGUAUCCAGGAGUUCUUCCGCAGACGCACAAGGAUCGCACGAAUCCUCUCUCUCGUGUCCUGGAUCUCUCCAAGACACAGAUACACGAAGCUGACCGCAAUAAACCGUCGCCGGGUUGGAGUCCCCAGCUCUAUGCCAAUGCUCAGGCAGAGUACCUCGACAGAUAUGGCGGAUCUGGGGGUGCUGAGAGACGUGAUUUUGCGCGCAUUACGGCUAUUAAUCGAGAGCACGGCACUCGUAACCCUUACUCUCAGCUGUCGAAAGCUGUUUCAGUUGAGGAUGUUUUGUCCAGCCCUGUGAUUUCUGGAGACAUUACACGUCUGCAAUGCUGCCCCUCAUCAACGGGUGCGGCCGCGGCGGUCAUUGUGUCGGAAUCUUUCUUGGCUGCUCAUCCCUACCUUCGCAGCACAGCCAUCCAAAUUGCUGGCCAGUCUCUAGCCACCGAUUCCUCUAAGCUUUACGAGUUAAAAAGUGCAAUUGAACUCAUCGGGUCCGACAUGACACGGACCGCAGCAAAGCGUGCUUACGAACAGGCGGGCAUUGGACCCAAGGAUGUCUCCGUGAUUGAGCUGCAUGACUGCUUCACCACCAACGAAAUGUGCGCUCUAGAGGGUUUAGGACUGGCCGAAGAGGGUAAAGCAUGGAAGCUGGUUCGAGAUGGCCUUAUCACAUACAAUUCAAAAGGAAAAGAGAAAGGCUGGAUCGUGAAUCCCAGCGGAGGGCUCAUUUCCAAGGGACAUCCCUUGGGUGCUACGGGAUUAGCACAAUGUGCAGAGCUUGUCUGGCAUCUUCGUGGAUGGGCAAAACGUCGCUCUGUCGCAUCGACGCGGUAUUGCCUCCAGCAUAACAUGGGCAUGGGUGGCGCGACCGUGGUGACGAUAUACAAGAGGAUAGACGGAGAAACAGCUCCAAAGAUUGAAGAUACGAAGCCGGAAGAAGAUGGACGGAGCCGCUUGGGUUAUAAUCCUGCCGAAGAGGCGCGAUCCAUAAGCCGCGAAGACUGGCAAAUGGAUGUAUCAGAAGACUGA